UACGGAGUAUGCUCGGACGAAUCUUUUUGAUGAGGGGUAAGGCAUUAAAAUGAGGAGCUGAACUGUUCGACUUGUCAUGCAAUGCAAUGCAGCCACCAUCACACUCAGCCGCACAGAACCAGGACGAAAUAAGCGAAUGUAUCAAUAUGAUGAUUCCUCUGACAUUAGGAGUCUCUUGAUACAUCCCACUGAGGUCUUAUAAAAUGCUGUACAGAGUGGUCGCCAAUCUAUACUGUUUUCUACGUGGCUGUAAACAUGGCCGAUGACGGCGCUCUCCAUCCCUUAAUGUGGGAUCGCUCAUGGAGCCAAUUACCCGCUAAACAGGAGACUGGUGGUCUGAAAGGAUCCAAGGCUCAAAGUCGUGAGAAUUGGGUGGUCAAGCUGCGCUUCUCGCAAGCGGGCACGGAUGAGGAAAAGGUCGGCACCGGAUUCUACCUCAAUCUCCCCGGUGCUUCGUACCAUAUCAUCCUAACCGCAGCACAUAAUUUGGUCGAUAAAAAAGGAAAUUUCUCAAAGAACCUUUCCAUACAAAGAUAUGGGGAUAGGGAAACCAGACCUAUACAACCUCCCAUCCAACCACUCGUCUGCCCGCACUAUACUGGCAAAACCGACCCAAAAAGUGACUACGGUCUAAUCAAGUUCCCUAGAUGCUCUGAUGAUUCGGAUCAUGGGUUUGGCUUUGCGUUGAGUCUGGGGUACGAAAACCUCCGUGGUGAGGAACUCCACGUUAGCGGUUAUGCCCCACAUGAGACGGGGCGGACCGCGAACCAGCCAAGUGUUUACACAAAUACAGGGAAAUGCUCAAGGGCGUCCAUGAACCAGUUGGACUAUAAGAUUCCCACCGAGAAGGGCUGGAGUGGAUCACCGGUCUACAUGGCGUAUAAUGGGCAUGAGACCGUCGUGGCGAUUCACAACAACGGUGAACCAGGGACUCGAACUGGGACCGGAACUGGCAAGGGAGCACGAGUCAACGCUAGCAUGCUCGAAUGGAUCUUCGAUUCCACCGGCGCGCUUCAUCGAAACAAAGCUCUCAGAGCCGUCGCUUCGCUCGCAAAAAAGCCUGCAGUAGAACUCGCAGACCCGGUCUAUCUCCAUUUUCUGCCCUAUGAAAAAUAUGCCUGUACCCACUGGGGAACAGAGGGGCUAAACACAACCUUCAAUGUGUUUCCUGCGUAUGCACCCACGCCUCUGGUUAGUGCUAGCACACUGUAUGUCUUUCAGCAUGUCCAGCCGCAUGACUGGCCUGGCGAAAGAAAGAAAGAGAAAUGGGUCUUGUGGGAUGUGAUUAGCGGGGGAGUAAAGCUCACUGAUACUCCGCAGAGCUUUUGUUUUCCGCGAUUGAAAGAGCCACGUAAGGCGCGCCGGAUUUUCAUGGUUGUGUUUGAGAUGGACGAUACAGAUGAUCUACAAUGUUUGGUGAUGAAUGGAGACGACAUUAGUGAGCUGGAUCGACGGAUGGGGGACUUUGACGGCUCGAGGAUUGAGUUUAGGAAAUACAAGAAAGGUAAAGACUACAAGUAUUACACGUUCGACUGGGAGGAGUUACAGGGGUAGUCUUAUCUA